CCCACAACGACAAAGAGUCGGUGGAGACCGUCGGCCGCGCUGGAGCCUGGGUUGGGCUUGGGAGUCUGGGACGGACUGACGAUGAUGACCGGUGCUUUGGAUCCAGACGCCAAUUUCCUAGUCGGGAAUAUGUCCGUUGUUCGCCUUAUUAUGGUCCGACGUGACCAUUCGUCGAGAGGCGCGCGGACCGUUCAUCGGAGCCCUCCGAUGGAAGAUCCUGAUCGAUUUCACCCACGGUCACGAGUGAUAUCCGCCCGGGUCAUUGACAGCGGCUCCCAAAAGUACCCCGACGUCGGUCACGAGAGCUGGGUCAAUCUUGGGGAUCUGGUGGGAGAAGUCACUGCCAAAUCCAAGGCGUGUGAGUGGGUGGUUGGUCCUCUACGGCGCUGCAGAGGUCGCCAGUUCCUGCUGGGCCGGAGGUUCUCUUCUCCCGACCGACCGAGGAUGGAGCAAAUCGGCACGGGCUUCCGAGCAUUUCGUCGAACACCUCCCACAUAUUCCCACCCGCCAACUGCGCGAUUCACAGCCUUGUGGUUGGCGCCAAGCGGCGUCUGUCUGGGGAAAGCAGCAGGGACUGGCAGACUCAGGCUCGAUGACGAUGAUGACCUGGGGGAGGCGAUAAUAAUAUCGCACAGCCCCCCUUGCGGCCGGGGUGAGGUUGAUGAUGACUGGGCUAGUGUGUGCAAGGCCAUUCAUUCCGCUUAAUGCAGGUGUAAAAUGCCUCAUGCCGG